GAAGGAGGUGACGGAAGCGGAAAUACAAAAGAGAGCGAAGGGGAAGUUCGACAAGCACUAAGUGUAGUCAGUACUCUUGUGCUUGUGAAAAGAGUAGGAGGCGAAGAUGUCGGAGCGAAAAGUUUUAAACAAAUACUACCCCCCUGACUUUGACCCAUCGAAGAUUCCCAAGCUCAAGCUGCCCAAAGAUCGUCAGUAUGUGGUGCGGCUGAUGGCUCCCUUCAACAUGAGAUGUAAGACAUGUGGAGAAUACAUCUAUAAGGGCAAGAAGUUCAAUGCUCGCAAAGAGACCGUGCAGAACGAGUCCUACCUGGGCCUGCCCAUCUUUCGCUUCUACAUCAAGUGCACGCGCUGCCUGGCAGAGAUCACCUUCAAGACAGACCCUGAAAACACAGACUACACCAUGGAGCAUGGAGCCACAAGGAACUUCCAGGCCGAGAAGCUCCUGGAGGAGGAGGAGAAGAGGGUGCAGAAGGAACGGGAGGACGAGGAGCUGAACAACCCCAUGAAGGUGCUAGAGAACAGAACUAAGGACUCCAAGCUGGAGAUGGAGGUCCUGGAGAACCUGCAAGAGCUCAAAGACCUGAACCAGCGGCAGGCUCACGUGGACUUUGAGGCCAUGCUGCGGCAGCACCGCCUGUCAGAGGAGGAGCGGCAGAGGCGGGAGCAGGAGGAGGAUGAGCGGGAGACGGCGGCGCUAGUGGAGGAAUCAAGGAAAAGAAGACUCCUUGAAGACUCUGACUCAGAGGAGGACACCACCCCCACCCAGGCCCCGCCAGCCCUCCGGCCCAACCCCACCGCCAUCCUGGACGAGCAGACCCCGAGAGCCAAGAGGAAGGCAGAGAGCUGGGAGCGCAGCGUGGGUACCCUUGGCAGCAGGCCCCAGCUGUCGGGCCUGGUUGUGAAGAAAACGGACCUGGACACGAGCAUCCAGCGAGGAGGAGCCCCGCCCCUCCCAGGUGCAAUGAAGAAUGGACAGGCAGCUGGCCCAGCGCCCCAGACCCCCAGCACGUCCUCCCUGAGCCAGUUGGGUGUGUAUUCUGACAGUGAGGACAGCAGCGGCAGCAACUGAGGCCCACCUGCCCUUCCCUGAUCAAGGUCACACAGCCAGCUGCAGCCGUGGUCCGGGCCAGAGGCCUUGGAAGCAAGCAGAAUCAACUGGACAAGCACAAAUGUCCUCCGAGGCCGGCAGGGCAAGCGAAGACUUCAGUUGAGGGACUCAGUUUUCUUCCUGUCCCCCUGCCCUCUGGAGCUCAGGUCCCCAGGUCAUACUGCAACAUCCUGGAGCAGCUUCAAGGUUGUCUCUCUGACAGUCCCUGAGAGGCCAGCCAUCAUCCAUCACCCGUCACCCAUCACCCAUCACCCAUCACUCCGCCUGGGCUCCAUCCCUUUCCACCACAGAACCAUCUGCAAUCAAUGGAAAGAACCUGCUGAUGGCCUGGGCGCCUCCUCUUUGUCAGUGUCUGAGGAGGGGAUGUCAGAGGCACACAGCCUAGCCUGUCCUGGACCCCUGACUCUCAGAAACCACCAGCUAAUAAAUUCUCAUUAUUUCAUAGGC